AUGACAAAGUCAACCAAGUGGUUGCAUUCUGAUGAUCAGUUGGCCCCAGAGUCCGGGGUCAGUUACGAAUUACGUGCAUCCAUACAUCAAGUCUGUGAAGAUGUGGGUCGGAAACCGCCUCGAAAUGUCCGACCGAACAAAGCACUGGAAGUUUAUUUGGGUGCGGAAUCGGACAAGAAUUGGGCAAUGACAAACGUGUAUCUGACGAUCACCUCACAGGCGCUCACUGUGGAAACAAUCGACCUGAAUUGGCGCAUUUUUCGGCACAACUUAUCCAUGGUCUCGUUUGCCUCGGGUGGGGAUGCUGAAACCUUGGAUUUUGUUUGUUAUGUGGCCAAAAACGAACAGGGGCAACGUAUGUGCUACGUGUUCGAAGGUUUGGGUGGUCUGGCCCAAGAUGUGAUCAUGACAUUGGGACAGGCUUUCAAAUUGGGCUAUCAGGUAAGUUGUUCGGUGAUUACGGGUUUUAACCCCGGACACACGAAUAAAAGUAUCCUGUGUGGUUGUCUGUGA